AUGUCACAGCCUCAAAAGGUAGACCUCAAUUCACUUCCACCACAGCAAUUGGUGGAGAUUCGUAAAAACAUUGAUCAAGAAAUCAAUCAUUUCACACAAUCCUUACAAGCUUUACAAACAGCACAAUUGAAAUUGAAAGAUUGUAUAACCAGUAUAAACAACCUAGAGAAAUCCAAAGCUGAAGACAUGUUGGUGCCAUUGUCAAGCUCAUUAUAUAUUCCGGGAAAGGCAGUCACUAAACAAGAUUACUUGGUGGAUAUUGGCACAGGAUAUUAUGUUGAGAAAAAGGCAGAGGAUGCUAAAAAAGUCUAUGACAAAAAGAUCAAGAAACUAGACGAGGAUGCAAAGAAGUUGAGGGAUAUACUUGUUCAAAAAAAUGAAUUGUUAAAUGGUCUCAACUUGAUUUUAAGGAGAAAGGUAAUUGAAAUGGAAAAACAACAAGAAACAAAAGCUUAA